AUGGAAGAAGUAGAGGUUCGACAUCAAGAUCUUGAAAGUAAGCAAACCAGCAUGGAAAUAGUAAGAGUACCACAACUUCACAAGCAUCCUUUGAUCCCUUUUACUCGCUUUGAAUAUGGUCGUUGUGAAGGCUGCCGCUCACGUCAUGACGAUCAUCACGCUGUGGGGAGCCAUAAAAAGAUUUACAUAUACGGAGGCUACUGUUGCAAUGAGCUCGGAUGUGAUAAGGUUCUGUUCCAUACAGAAUGUGCCAAGCCCUUACAAGAAACCAACCACUCUUCUCAUCCAGACCAUCCCCUCAAACUAGUUAUCCAAGACUCGCAACAAUCUACUUGUUUCAAGGUCGGUUAUUCUUGCACAAUAUGUGACUUCAAGUUGGAUUUGGAGUGUGCGAGGAGACAAGAACCACUUGUUCUUCCUGCAAAUUCUCACGGACACGAGCAUCCACUGGAACUAGUCCGUGAACCUAGCCUUGGCACCAAAUGGAAAACUUGCAAAAUCUGUCUAAACAAGACAGUCACGUCACAUUAUAGAUGUCAACAGUGCGACGAAUUUGUCAUCCAUAUGGAUUGUGUAUGUUUUUCUCCCGAAGCAUACCACACUUCUCACCCUCAACAUCCUCUCAAGUCACUUAAAUGUCAAGUCCCUGAUUACGCCGACGACAAGUGUCUUCUUUGCAGGACAAAGUUUGAUAAUCAUCAUCACCAGCUUCACCACUGCGAUGUUUGUAACUUCAGCAUAUGCAGAGCAUGUAUGAAAGAUCCACCACCGGUUGAUCUUGAAAGCCUGACGACACACCAACAUCAACUUCAUCUUUUUCCAAGACGCAUGGAUUUCACUUGCAAUGCUUGUGGGACUCUAGGUGACCGAAGCCCUUAUCUUUGUCAUCAAUGCAACUUCAUGAUUCAUCGGGAAAGCAUCGGCUUACCACGUGUCAUAAACAUCAACCGCCACGAUCACCGCAUCUCUUACACACCUCGUCUUGGACAUGGAGAGUGGAAAUGCAAAGUUUGCCGUAAAAAGGUUGAUGGUUUCUACGGGGCUUAUUCUUGCUUCAAGUGUCAUGCUUUUUCUGUUCAUUCAAAGUGUGCGACGAGAAAAGAUGUAUGGGACAUGGUGGAACGGGAAGGGACAUCCGAAGAAGAAGAGAUCAUUGCGCCAUACGAGGUGAUUGAUGACAACACGAUCAAACAUUUCAGCCAUGAUCAUAACUUACAACUCAACAAAGAUGAGAAUCAUGAGAUGAUGAUUCUACCUGAAAGCACACUUUGUGUAGCGUGUGUCUCACAUAUUUUCUCAGAACCUUUCUUUAGCUGCAAGCAAUGUGGUUUUAUCAUCCAUGAAAAAUGUGCUAACCUUCCAAGGAGAAAACGUCAUAUGCGCAACAACAAGCCAUUCACAGUAAGAACAGAUUCUCACAGAGAAGUUUCUUGGUGUAAGCUUUGUCAUCAAUACUUCACCGGUUUCAGAUACGAAUCUGGUCCUUAUUUGACUUUAGAUGUACGAUGCGCUUCAGCUACAGAUACACUUGUGCACGAAAGCCAUCCACAUCCUUUACACUACUACUCUAGAUAUAGCCAUGAUAAGCCUUGUAGUAGAUGUGGGUCCAAGUAUGGUUUAUAUAAAUGUGAUGAGUGUGACUACAUUUUGGACGGCAAGUGUGCUCUUUUACCGGAAAAGGUAAUGAGAAAUAGGUACGAUGAUCAUCCUCUCUUCUUGUCUUAUGGUGGUGAAAGAAGAAGUGUGGAUGGUGAAUAUUGGUGUGAGGCAUGUGAAACAAAAGUGGAUCCAGAGAGAGGUUUUUACACAUGCAAUGAUUGUGGAGUAUUUUUGCAUGUUUCUUGCGUUGUGGGAGUCUUCUCGUAUAUCAUCCCAGGUUCAUCAGUUAGUUGCUGCGCUGUGAGAGUGAGAGACGUCACUCAUAUCGAGCUACGACCAGUAGAAACAAGGUCGAAUGAAGAAGUGGUGUCUAACACCUCUCUCUGUAGACCACUUUGCUUUGUGUGUAAUUCUCGUUACAAGCUCCCUCUUCUAUUCUUAAGGUUUUCAAGGAUGGAGUUGAUGUAUACGUUUGUUCUUUAA